AUGAAGCAGGCAUUAUUCAUAGCCUCCUUUGCAGACCUGACUCGUCCCCAGGUUACUUCUCCCGCCCACAGUACCGGUGACACGGCUGUAACUGACCAGGUCUCUCCCGCUCCAGAGCAGGGCUGCCCAGCACACUCUCCGCCCGCGCUUUCUGGCCCGCUCACGGCCAGCGUGACCACCGCGCUUUCCCUCCCACUGUCCGCCACGGCGUCCCCCCGUCAGAUGCAGGCCGGGCCGGGCUUUCCAUCCCCACACGCACCGUCCCCGCUCCCAACGGGUCUCAGCGCCACCUGCCCCCGAGACCACAAGGCCCGAACCGGGAUCGCCCCACCCACCUUCCCAGGGCCGACGUCCAGGCCAGACCCGGGCACUGCAGUCCCGCCUGGACCAGAAGGCGGCCCGAGACGUACCACUUCCGACCCCGCCACGAGAACGCCGCUCUCAGCAAAGCUCCGGGCCACGCGAAGUUCCCGUCCCCACCGUGCAGAUCCCGCACCUGCGAGGGCCGAAGCUCCAGGCUCUUCACACCACGAGGCCUGUGAGAGCGGAAGAGAUGAGGCGGGGCCUAUGUUGCACAGGCGCAGAGGAAGCCCCAGAAACCAGGAGGGCUGUGGAGGGAGAAAGACUACAUUUCCCGUCGCUCCCCGCGCCCUGGGGUGUCUUGAACAGAGCAAUCCAUUUAUUGCAGCAGAGUAG